AUGAGGGAAGCCAUAUUCAAGUCUUAUCAAGCUAAAGCAGAAGAGGAGGAUAGGAGGCACGUUUUACCUGAUGGUCGUAUUCCCUCGUAUUCUUAUGUUUUUGGUAAAAAUUUAGAGUCAUUAUAUUGCGAGCGCAACAAAUAUAUUAUUUCUGAGUACUCAAAUGAUUGGCUGUUUAAUCCAACUAUAAAGGUAUUCAAAGACGUCAAGGAUUAUUUUGAUUUCAAAGAACAACGCACAUGUAAUGAUAUCUUGAAGUUGAAGUCACUGGAUCGGACUGGUUUUUUCACUAAAUACCAAAAUAAUCAGGCAAUGGCGAUUUACAGGAAAGUCCUAGCACCGAAUGGACGCAAAAAAAGAUACUGUUAUUGCAAGGUUAAGUCUAAAUGGCUAUUGGGUUAUGGAGUAAGACGUUUCUUGUUUCAAUUCAGGCCAGAUCCAAAAGAUUCUUCUAAAAAAUUCACUUUAGUGAUGUUUGUCAACAAUUAUGACACUUUUGCAGACACAAUGUAUAAGGGUACCAAAUUGCGAUGGUGUGGGACCACUCUGAUGCAUGCGAAUAGAGGCUCUCGUGACUUCAAGCUAAUUAUACUUGAAGACGAUGAGCUCUGUCUCGCGGACUCAGAGGAAAAAUUGCUCCCUAACAAUGAGCUAAUAAAGUGUAAAGGUUUCUUCACUGGUAGGUCAACUGGGAAUCCCGCACAUCCCAAACGUUUCGAACACCCGUUUGCUAUAUACCACAAGUAUAAUUAUGUGAAACAAGGGGCACUUGAUUUCUUCUCAACUAUAAGAAAGGAUUCACUCUUUGAAGUGAGACAAAUGCCUUUGAAUAAUAGUUAUGAGGACACUUUGGUUCUUCUUUGUAUGGCACUUGUAUUAAAGAACCAGGAGUCUCAACGUAAGCAAAAACCGGAUACUGAAUACGUUAGAGCUCAGAGAGGAAAGAUACAACACAUGCUGCCAGCUGCAUCUAAACGGUAG